CUGCCCAGAUCGACUGUCGGGUCAGUGAGCCCCUGCUGCAGGGAAUAAGCAGGGGACAUCCAGGGAAUCCAGGGCUGCCAAGGGGCACCUACCACCCUGCCCUGAGCGCCCCCUUCCCAAGGUCGGAGACAGAGCAGGUGCAGAGGGACUGCAGCCGCUUGUUACCCAGCCUCCUGAAUGAUGCCAGCUCAAUGUUCCCUAGCCUCCAACCUGGCCCUCCUGGUGCUGCUGGGCACAGUCAGAGCAGGUCCUUUCUCUCCACGGGCCAACAUGACACUCCCAGCCCCACGGCCCCCUCCCCAGCCAGGGGGCCGCACAGGAGGGGGAAGCCCCUCUUCUCGGCUGUAUGAGCACACCGUGGAAGGAGGGGAGAAGCAGGUGGUGUUCACCCACCGCAUUAACCUGCCCCCUUCAGCUGGCUGUGGCUGUCCCCCAGGCACUGAGCCCCCUGUCCCUGCUUCAGAGGUACAGGCUCUGAGGGUCCGGCUAGAGAUCCUGGAGGAGCUGGUGAAGGGGCUCAAGGAACAGUGCACUGGGGGAUGUUGCCCUGCUGCUGCCCAGGCUGGCACAGGCCAGACAGACGUUCGGACCCUCUGCAGUCUCCAUGGCGUGUUUGACCUGAGCCGCUGUGCCUGCUCCUGCGAGCCUGGCUGGGGUGGGCCUACCUGCUCAGAUCCCAUGGAUUCCGGGGUGUCCCCUUCCUCCCCACCCUCAGCCUCCGGGUCCUGCCCAGAUGACUGCAAUGAUCAGGGUCGCUGCGUCCGCGGUCGCUGCGUGUGCUUCCCUGGCUACACCGGCCCCAGCUGUAGCUGGCCCUCCUGUCCCGGGGACUGCCAAGGCCGCGGGCGCUGCGUGCAGGGCGUGUGCGUGUGCCGGGCGGGCUUCUCCGGCGACGACUGCAGUCUGCGCUCUUGCCCUCGGGGCUGCAGCCAGAGGGGGCGCUGCGAGGACGGGCGCUGCGUCUGUGACCCCGGCUACACUGGCGAGGACUGUGGAAUGAGGAGCUGCCCCCGAGGUUGCAGCCAGAAGGGGCGCUGCGAGGACGGGCGCUGCGUCUGUGACCCUGGCUACACCGGCGACGACUGCGGCUCGCGGAGCUGCCCGUGGGACUGUGGCGAGGGCGGGCGCUGCGCGGACGGCCGCUGCGUGUGCAACCCGGGUUUCACAGGCGAGGACUGCGGAAGCCGUCGGUGCCCCGGGGACUGCCGCGGUCGCGGCCGCUGCGACGACGGCGUGUGCUUGUGCGACGCAGGCUACGAGGGCGAAGACUGCGGCUCGCGCAGCUGCCCCGGCGGUUGCAGAGGUCGCGGCCAGUGUCUGGAGGGGCGCUGCGUGUGCGACGACGGCUACGAGGGCGAAGACUGCGGGGUGAGACGGUGCCCGCGCGACUGCAGCCAGCGCGGCGUGUGCCAGGACGGUGUGUGCACCUGUUGGGAGGGCUACGCAGGUGAGGACUGCAGCCUCCGUACCUGCCCCUCCAACUGUCACCGGCGCGGCCGCUGUGAGAACGGGCGCUGCGUGUGCGACUCAGGCUACACAGGCCCCUCCUGCUCCACCCGCACCUGCCCUGCCGACUGUCGGGGCCGUGGGCGGUGUGUGCAGGGAGUAUGCGUUUGCCACUUGGGCUACAGCGGCGAGGACUGUGGGCAAGAAGAGCCUCCCGCCAGCGCCUGCCCCGGGGGCUGCGGGCCCCGGGAACUGUGUCGCGAAGGCCAGUGUGUAUGCGUCGAGGGCUUCCGAGGUCCUGACUGCGCCAUCCAGACGUGUCCCGGGGACUGCCGCGGCAGGGGAGACUGUCAAGAGGGCCGCUGCAUCUGCCAAGAUGGCUAUGCAGGAGAGGACUGCGGGGAAGAGGUGCCAGCCAUUGAGGGCAUGAGGAUGCACCUCCUGGAGGAGACGACGGUUCGGACAGAGUGGACCCGGGCUCCCGGCAAUGUGGAUGCCUAUGAAAUUCAGUUCAUCCCCACGACAGAGGGAGAGAGCCCCCCGUUCACAGCACGGGUGCCCAGCUCUGCCUCAGCCUAUGACCAGAGAGGACUGGCCCCCGGUCAGGAGUACCAAGUCACUGUCCGUGCUCUUCGAGGGACUAACUGGGGCCCUCCUGCCUCCAAGACCAUCACCACCAUGAUUGAUGGCCCCCAGGACCUCCGUGUGGUGGCAGUGACACCAACCACGCUGGAGCUCAACUGGAUGCGCCCCCAGGCUGAGGUGGACCGGUUCGUGGUGUCCUACGUCAGUGCUGGCAACCAGAGAGUGCGACUGGAAGUGCCCCCUGAGGCAGACGGGACGCUGCUGACUGGCCUGAUGCCAGGAGUAGAAUACGUGGUGACCGUCACGGCUGAGCGGGGCCGGGCAGUAAGCUACCCGGCUUCCGUCAGGGCCAAUACAGGUUCCUCCCCCUUAGGCCUCUUGGGGGCCACGGAUGAGCCGCCUCCCUCAGGCCCGUCAACAACUCAAGGGGCCCAGGCCCCUGUCCUGCAGCAGCGCCCCCAGGAGCUGGGAGAGUUGAGGGUGCUGGGCAGAGACAAGACAGGGCGCCUCCGCGUGGCCUGGACCGCUCAGCCUGACACCUUUGCCCACUUCCAGCUGCGCCUACGGGUGCCCGAAGGGCCAGGGGCACAUGAGGAACUACUGCCAGGGGAUGUCCAUCAGGCUCUGGUGCCCUCACCCCCUCCUGGAUCCCCCUAUGAGCUGUCACUUCGUGGGGUCCCCCCGGAGGGCGAGCCCUCUGCCCCUCUCAUCUACCAAGGCAUUAUGGACAGGGAUGGGGAGAAGCCUGGGAAGCCCUUGGCCCCGCCACGCCUGGGCAAGCUAUCAGUGACUGACGUGACCUCCAGCUCCCUACUUCUGCACUGGACUGUCCCUGAGGGCGAGUUCGACUCCUUCAUGAUCCAGUAUAAGGACAGGGACGGGCCCCAGGUGGUGCCAGUGGAGGGGCCCCAGCGCUCAGCCCUCAUCUCCAACCUGGAUGUCGGUCGCAAGUAUAAAUUUGUCCUGUAUGGGCUCGUGGGCAAGAGGAAGCACGGCCCCCUGGUGACUGAAGCCAAGAUCUUGGCUCAGACUGAUCCCAGCCCAGGAACUCCACCCCGCCUGGGGAUGCUGUGGGUGACAGAUCCCACCCCAGACUCACUGCACCUCUCCUGGACUGUCCCUGAAGGGCAGUUUGACUCCUUCGUGGUCCAAUACAGGGACAGGGAUGGACGACCCCAGGUGGUGCCCGUGGAAGGGCCUGAGCGCUCAGUUGUUGUCUCCCCGCUGGACCCUGACCACAAGUACAGAUUCACUCUGUUUGGGAUUGCCAACAGGAAGCGGCAUGGCCCCCUCACAGCCGACGGCACCACUGCCCCAGAGAAGAGAGAGGAGCCUCUCCACCCAGAGUCCCCCCAGCAGCCCCUGCUGGGAGAGCUGGCGGUGACUGGUGCCACCCCAGACUCCCUGCACCUGUCCUGGACGGUGGCCCAGGGCUCUUUCGACUCCUUCACAGUCCAGUACAAGGAUGCGCAGGGGCGGCCCCAAGUGGUACCCGUCAGGGGGGAUGAGAAUGAGGUCACCAUCCCUGGCCUGGAGUCAGACCGGAAGUAUAAGAUGAACCUCUAUGGGCUUCAUGGCAGGCAGCGUGUGGGGCCAGUGUCUGUGGUGGCCACCACAGCCCUCCAGGAAAUUGUGGAUGAGACCCCCAGCCCUGCAGAGGUGGAGGAGACCCCCAGCCCCACAGAGCCCAGCACAGAGGCCCCGGAGCCCCCUGAGGAGCCCCUCCUGGGGGAGCUGACAGUGACUGGAUCCUCCCCAGACUCGCUCAGCCUCUCCUGGACCGUCCCUCAGGGCCACUUUGAUUCCUUCACCGUCCAGCACAGAGACAGGGAUGGGCAGCCCAAGGUGAUGCGGGUGCCGGGGCACGAGGACGGGGUCACCGUCUUGGGCCUGGAGCCGGACCACAAGUACAAGAUGAACCUGUACGGCUUCCACAAUGGCCAGCGCCUGGGCCCUGUCUCUGUCAUCGGGGUGACAACUCCACAACCAGAAGAGACUCCUCCAGCCACCGAGCCCCCGCUGGAGCCGCGCCUGGGGGAGCUGACAGUGACAGAUGUGACCCCCAACUCCGUGGGCCUUGCAUGGACUGUCCCUGAGGGCCAGUUUGACUCCUUCGUGGUGCAGUACAAGGACAGGGACGGGCAGCCCCAGGCAGUGCCUGUGGCCGCCGACCAGCGUGAGGUCACCGUCCCAGGCCUGGAACCAGCACGCAAAUACAAGAUGAACUUCUACGGGCUGCAUGGUGGGCAGCGCGUGGGCCCCCUUGCUGUGGUAGCCGUGACGGCUCCCCUCCCUCCAGCUCCAGCCACAGAGCACCCCCUGGAGCCACGCCUGGGGGAGCUGACAGUGACGUACGUGACCCCGGACUCUGUGGGCCUCUCCUGGACCAUCCCUGAGGGCAAAUUCGACUCCUUCGUGGUCCAGUACAAGGACAGGGACGGGCAGCCCCAGGUGGUGCCUGUGGCUUCAGACCAGCGUGAGGUCACCGUCCCCGGCCUGGAGCCCAGUAGGAAAUACAAGUUCCUGCUCUUUGGGAUUCUGGAUGGGAAACGCCACAGCUCAGUCUCUGUGGAGGCAAAGACAGCUGCCCGAGGUGACGCCAGCCUAGGAGCCCCACCCCGCCUUGGGGAGCUGUGGGUGACAGACCCCACCCCAGACUCGCUGCGCCUCUCCUGGACAGUCCCUGAAGGCCACUUCGACUCCUUUGUGGUCCAGUUCAAGGACAGGGAUGGGCCCCAGGUGGUGCCUGUGGAGGGCCAUGAGCGCUCGGUCACCGUGGCCCCACUGGACGCCAACCGCAAGUACAAGUUCCUCCUCUACGGCCUCCUGGGCAAGAAGCGCCACGGCCCCCUCAGCGCCGAGGGCACCACAGGGACUCAGAGUGCUGUGGAUGAGGCCAGAACAAAGCAUCCGUCAAAGCCCCGCCUAGGGGAGGAGCUGCAGGUGACCAGUGUGACAUCAGACUCCGUGGGUCUCUCGUGGAUGGUCCCCGAGGGCCAGUUUGACUCCUUUGUGGUCCAGUACAAGGACAGGGAUGGGCAACCCCAGGUGGUGCCCGUGGAUGGCAGCCUCAGGGAGGUCAGCAUCUUGGGCCUGGACCCUGCCCGCAGGUACAAGUUGCUGCUCUACGGGCUGCACAAGGGCAGGCGUGUGGGUCCCAUCUCCGCCAUCACCGAGACCGCCCCCAAAGAAGAAAUGGAAGCUGAGACCGAGGCCCCCAGCCCCCCAGCAUCUGAGCCCCACCUGGGGGAGGUGACCGUGGAAGAAGCCACGCCACACACCCUGCAUCUCUCCUGGAUGGUGACUGAGGGAGAAUUUGACUCCUUUGAGGUCCAGUACACAGACAAGGAUGGGCAGCUCCAAGUAGUCCGUUUAGGUGGCGACCAGAAUGACAUCACCCUCUCUGACCUGGAAUCUGACCACAAAUACCUGGUGAGCCUGUACGGUUUCCACAACGGGCAGAGUGUGGGUCCUGUCCACGUCGAGGCCCUGACAGCCCCAAGAGAGGAAGAGGAUGAACCUUCAGAAUCUCCCUCUACCACCCCAGAGCCUCCCAUCAAGCCGCGCCUGGGGAAGCUGGCAGUGACAGACGCCAGCCCAGACUCCCUGAGCCUCUCAUGGACCGUCCCCGAGGGCCAGUUUGACCACUUCCUGGUCCAGUACAAGAAUGGGGAUGGGCAGCCCAAGGCGGUGCGAGUGCCAGGGCACCAGGACGGGGUCACCGUCUCAGGCCUUGAGCCAGACCACAAGUACAAAAUGAACCUGUAUGGCUUCCACGAAGGCCAGCGCCUGGGCCCCGUCUCCACUAUUGGUUUAACUGCCUCCCUGACUACAGAGCCCCCAUUGCCACCCCAACUCAGAGAGCUGACUGUGGCAGCUGUGGGCUCGGACACAGUGCGCCUCUUGUGGACCGUGGCCCAGGGCCCCUUUGACUCCUUCCUGGUCCAAUACAAGGAUGUGCAGGGACAGCCCCAGGCAGUGCCUGUGGGUGGAGACCUCCGGGAGGUCACGGUUUCAGGUCUGGCCCCGGCCCGCAAGUACAAGUUCCUACUCUUUGGACUCCAGGAUGAGAAACGACACGGCCCAGUCUCUGCAGAUGCAAAGACCCUCCCAGACACGAAACCUUCUCCCCGCCUGGGGGAGCUGACAGUGACGGAUAUGACCCCAGACUCCAUGAUCCUGUCCUGGACAGUCGCCGAGGGCGAAUUCGACUCCUUCGUGGUCCAGUACAAGGACAGGGACGGGCAGCCCCACGUGGUGCCUGUGGCCGCAGACCAGCGCGAGAUCACCAUCCCGGGCCUGGAGCCCAAUAGGAAAUACAAGUUUCUGCUCUACGGGCUGGCAGGCAGUAAGCGACUGGGCCCCAUCUCUGCUGACGGCAGCACAGCUCCCCUGGAGAAGGAGCGGCAGCCCCCACCCCGCCUAGGGGAGCUGACUGUGACGGAUGAGACCCUAGACUCCCUGCGCCUCUUGUGGACGGUGGCCCAGGGCCCCUUUGACUCCUUUGUGGUCCAGUUCAGGGACACAGACAGGCAACCCCGAGUGGUGCCUGUGGCUGCAGACCAGAGGGAGGUCACCAUAGAGGGCCUGGAGCCUGGCAGGAAAUACAAGUUUCUGCUCUACGGGCUCCACAGAGGACAGCGUCUGGGCCCUAUCUCUGUCCUGGGAGUGACAGCCCCAGAAGAGGACACGCCAGCCCCCUGGCACUCGGCCACAGAGGCCCCCGAGCCCCCUGAAGGGCCCCGCCUGGGGGCGCUGGCAGUGAGUGACAUGUCCCCAGACUCCCUGCGUCUCUCAUGGAGCGUGGCCCGGGGCUCCUUUGACUCCUUCGUGGUCCAGUAUCAGGACACAGAUGCGCAGCCCCAGGCCUUGCUCGUGGGCGGCAACCAGAACAAGAUCCUGGUGUCAGGUCUUGAGCCCAGCACCUCCUACACAUUCUUUCUCUACGGCCUCCAUGAAGGGAAGCGCCUGGGGCCCGUCUCAGCCGAGGGCACCACAGGGCCAGCUCCUGCUGGUCAGAGCCCCGGAGAGCCAGGGCCCCGCCUGUCCCACCUGUCGGUGACUGACGUGACCACCAGUUCGCUGCGGCUCAACUGGGAAGCCCCACAUGAAGCCUUUGACUCCUUCCUGCUCCGAUUUGGGGUCCCAUCACCAAGCACCCUGGAGCCACAUCCACGUCCCCUGCUGCAGCGGGAGCUGACGGUGCCAGGGACACGGCGCUCGGCCGUGCUCCGGGACCUGCGUCCAGGGACCCUAUAUACCCUUACACUGUAUGGACUGCGGGGGCCCCACAAGGCAGACAGCAUCCAGGGCACAGCCCGUACCCUCAGCCCAGUUCUGGAGAGCCCCCGUGACCUCCAGUUCAGCGAAAUCAGGGAGACCUCAGCCAAGGUCAGCUGGGUACCCCCACCAUCCAGAGUGGACAGCUUCAAAGUGUCCUACCAACUGGCAGAUGGAGGGGAGCCACUGAGCGUGCAGGUGGACGGCCGAGCCCGGACGCAGAAACUAGAGGGGCUGAUCCCAGGGGCUCGCUACGAGGUGACCGUGGUCUCCGUCCGUGGCUUUGAGGAGAGUGAGCCUCUCACUGGCUUCCUUACCACAGUUCCUGACGGCCCCACCCAGCUGCGAGCACUGAACCUGACGGAGGGAUCUGCCCUGCUGCAUUGGAAGCCCCCUCAGGCCCCAGUGGAUACAUAUGACGUCAAGGUCACAGCCCCAGGGGCCCCCUCUCUACAGGCCUCAGCCCCUGGCAGUGCUGUGGACUACCCCCUGCAUGACCUGGUGCUCCACACCAACUACACAGCCACCCUGCGCGGCCUUCGGGGCCCCAACCUCACCUCCCCAGCCAGCAUCACCUUCACCACAGGGUUGGAGGCCCCCCAGAACUUGGAGGCCAAGGAAGUGACCCCCCGCACAGUCCUGCUCACUUGGACUGCACCCCAAGUCACCCCGACUGGCUACCUACUCAGCUUCAACACCCCUGGAGGACAGAUCCAGGAGAUCCUGCUCCCAGGAGGGGUCACCUCUCACCAGCUGUCAGGUCUCUUUCCCUCCACCCCCUACAGCGCAUGGCUCCGGGCCAUGUGGGGCCAGAGCUUCACUCCGCCUGUGUCCACCUCCUUCACCACUGGUGGACUGCGGAUCCCCUUCCCCCGGGACUGUGGGGAGGAGAUGCAGAAUGGGGUCAGCACUUCAAGGACCACCACCAUCUUCCUCAACGGCAACCGCGAGCGGCCCCUGAACGUGUUUUGUGACAUGGAGACGGACGGGGGUGGCUGGCUGGUGUUCCAGCGCCGCAUGGAUGGAAAAACAGACUUCUGGAGGGACUGGGAGGACUAUGCCCACGGUUUUGGGAACCUCUCUGGGGAGUUCUGGCUGGGCAAUGAGGCCCUGCACAGCUUGACCAAAGCUGGCGACUACUCCUUGCGUGUGGACCUGCGGGAUGGGGACGAGGCCGUGUUUGCCCAAUACGACUCCUUCCAAGUAGACUCAGCUGCUGAGUACUACCGCCUGCACCUGGAUGGCUACCAUGGCACCGCAGGGGACUCUAUGAGCUACCACAGCGGCAGUGUCUUCUCUGCCCGGGACCGAGACCCCAACAACUUGCUCAUCUCCUGUGCUGUCUCUUACCGCGGGGCCUGGUGGUACAGGAACUGCCACUAUGCCAACCUCAAUGGGCUCUACGGGAGCACAGUGGAUCACCAGGGGGUGAGCUGGUACUACUGGAAGGGCUUUGAUUUCUCCAUACCCUUCACGGAAAUGAAGCUGAGACCAAGAAGCUACCGGCCCCCGGGCAGGGGAAGCUGAGCCGCUGCUCACCCCUCCAGCGCCCCACUAUGACUGCCGAGCACUGAGGGGUUGCGCUGAGAGAAGAGCCAGGGGCCACGUUCACCAUCCAGCCGUCAGCAGAAGCCUUCUCCACCCGCGAUCUCACAGCACCAUGUUUACAGGGGGGAGGGACGAGGUUUGUAUGGGAGCAAUAAAAGGAGAAACUGAGGCACGUGA